GGUUGUGAAAGGAACAGACAUGGUACAUGGGCACAGCUUCCAUCACGUUGUUGCAAGUCUUCUCAUACUUGGGUUGUCUGGAGCAACAAGGAAGGAUACAUCAGUGAAGAACAACUCUGGAGUGAAGCCUGCAGGUCAAUGUGGAACGUGGGUGAAAGAACCAGAAGGAGGGCUCUUCACUUCUCCAAAUUACCCAAACAAAUACCCCCCAGACACAGAGUGUGUUUACAUCCUUGAAGCACCACCAAGGCAGUGUAUUGAUCUACACUUUGAGGAGAAUUAUUCCAUCGAGUCCUCUUGGGAAUGUAAAUUUGACAACAUCGAGGUUCGGGAUGGACCCUUUGGCUUCUCCCCGAUACUCGGACGGUACUGCGGUCAGCACAGCCCGCCUGAUAUCAGGAGUAGCGGCCGAUAUCUGUGGAUAAAAUUCGUAACCGAUGGUGAACUGGAAGCGGUGGGAUUUUCAGCAAGUUACAACUUCACUGCAGAUCCAGACUUUGCAGACCAAGGAGUCCCCCCACCUCUGCCCUCCUGUCAGUAUGACAUGGUUGGUCCAGAAGGUAUCGUUGAGUCCCAUCAGAUCACCAGAGACGGGAAGGCUGACGCCACCGAGGCCGUCGACUGUAAAUGGUACAUCCGUGCUCCGCCGCGCUCCAAGAUCUACCUGCGUUUUCUCGACUAUGAGAUGGCCAAUUCCAACGAAUGCAAGCGCAACUUCGUGGCAGUGUAUGAUGGUGGCAGUUCGGUGGAAGACCUGAAGAGCAAGUUCUGCUCCACGGUGGCCAACGACAUCAUGCUGGUUUCCACGCUGGGCGUCAUCCGCAUGUGGGCGGACGAGGCCAGCCGCAAAAGCCGCUUCCGCAUCCUUUUCACGACCUACCAAGAGCCUCCAUGUGAUGCAGAUGCCUUCUUCUGUCACAGCAACAUGUGCAUAAACAACACGCUGGUGUGUAACGGCAUGCAGAACUGCGUCUACCCCUGGGAUGAGAACCAAUGUAAAGAGAAGAGGAAAGCCAAUAUCUUGGACAACCUGAACAACACAAACGGGACCAUAAUUGGUGUCACUUGCUGCAUCGUCCUCAUCCUCCUCAUCGUCUCUGUCAUUGUCCAGAUCAAGCAGCCACGUAAAAAGUACAUCCUGCGGCGGGAGGACUUUGACCCCACCAUGUUCCAGGAGGUCUUUGAGCCGCCCCACUAUGAGCUGUGUACUUUACGGAGUGCCACCGCAGCUGCAGCGGCCUCAGCAGACUUAGUGGACCUGGCAGAAGACUUUGAGAACUACCACGCCCUUAGGCGUGCCUCCUCUCGCUGCAUCCAUGAUCACCACUGUGGCUCCUCUCCCAACCCAGGCUCCGCACACAUAUCCCAGCUGUCACUCAGUGGACGCGGAAGUCGUGGGAACCUGUGUGCUCGGGAGGCAGCGGCUGCCACUCUGCUCGCAGACCUCCCACAGCCGCCCAUGGCAGUGCGGCCCUUGCUGCCGUCCUCUGGAAAUCGCAGGAGCAUCUUGGUCAUGAAGCACAGCUACUCGCAAGAGGCAGCGGACAAUGGAUGCGACCUGGACGACGACCUGGAAGAAGUUCCCACCACCAGCCACCGGCUUUCACGCCACGAAAAGGCAGUACAGCGACUUCUUGAGAAUAGUGCAAUCCUGGAUCAGUACGAACGGGCGUCACUCACAUAUGAAAAAGCGGAGCGGAGAUUUACACCAGCAUGAUGAUGAUGAUGCUGAUGAUGAUGAUGAUGAUGAAGGGACACUUUGACGAAAGGAUAUUGAAUAUGUAUUCAUGUGCAAAGAUGAACACAAAGGACUAGAUGAAAUGCUGUGAAGCGCAUCAGCUCUGUACGUACUGUAGGCAACCUAGAUUUUAUGUCU